AUGGCCAGCCCCACCUACCACAUCAAUCAGGACCUUUUUGAAACCCAUCAAACCAUUGAUCAUAGCACCCCAUCUCUACCUCAGCCAAAACCUAAAAAGAUGACAGGGAGCAGCAAUGCCCCAGGAUGGUUUCAUGGCAAAUCAGAUGAGAAUGCACAGAACUUCCUGUGUGAAGUAGAAUGGUACAUUGUACUCAACAAGCUGAAAACUGAGCAAGGGAAGAUCAUAGUAUUCAGCACUCUUCUUUCUGCAGGUUCAAUUGCAGACACCUGGUGGAACAAAUUGGAUAGUACACACAAGACCAUGUGGACAGAUGUCAAAACAGCAUUCACAAACUGCUGGCCAGUGAUCACAGUAGCAGAGAAAACGGGACUCGACUACCAAUGUGAAAUAUUAGCAUUGUGUUUAUGGGAGGAAGAAAUAGGCAAACAGAUCACCAUGGUGGGUGUCCCUACAUGGGUGCAUCUACAGUUCCAUAUGAAUCUCCAGCAAUUGGUCAAUGAAGUGGGAGUUGACAUGACAGCAGGGCUCAUGUACCAAGUUCAAGAGAACCUGCCAACAGUAGUCAAAGUGCUCAUGACCCCAGGGUUAGCAAAAUGGGACAAGUUCCUAGAUGAGAUCAAGGCAUUGGACACAAACAAGUUGUGA